AUGGACUUGGUUCCUGGUGAUGAUGGCGGCGAUGACUAUGUUUAUGACCAUGGCGGUGACCAUGCCUAUGGCCAUGCACAUGCCUGUGUCCAUGGCAAUGUCGAUGCCGAUGUCGAUGCCCAUGACUAUGCUCGUGGCAUCGCCUUCGCGGUGGCGGUUCCGGCUGGCUAA